CGUGUAUUUUCAUUAUUAAAUAUUAAAUUUAAUAAAAAUAUUCGGAUAAUUCCAUUAAUUCCUGAAUGGCUAUCGAUAGUGACGAAAACGGAUAACCACAUAACGUUACUCAACAUACUUUUCGUUGUUUUGAUCAUAUUGGUUUAAGCUCAAGUUAAUGUCAACAUUACGUUUUUAGAUAAUGGACGUAGAGGAUUCUAUAGAUCCAAAAGAUGUGAAAAUAACUCUUGAAACAUAUAAAAAGUUGGCCCUCGAUGUUGCAAACCAUGACACGAUCUUAAAGGACAAAACGGUCCUGUCGUACGUAGCAUACGUUUUAGAAGUACCCGAUGUUGAAAUUAUGACUCUGAGCUUAGAUAUUCUCGAAUUAUUUGUUAAAAAUGUGGAUAAUUAUGUACACAUAACCUCUACCUUUGGUGUUCGGGAAGCCCUGGAUGCAAUUAUAAAUAAGUACAAUAUAGAUGAACCAAAGAUAGCUAACCGAGCUCAGUAUAUAAAAGAUGACAUAGAAAGAAUGAAACCCCCGAUAUAUAAUCUACGUAGUAGAUGUAGAAGAGUUAUUGAACCUAAAAAACUAAAAACUCAUGUUAUCGUGUUACACAUUCAAGGGCUAUUACCAGAGACCCGUUCAGAUUUGGAAUCAAUACUGAUAAGAAUCGACGGAUUGGUUUCUCUUGUAGUCGAUGUAGAACAUCAGCGUGUUACGAUGCGUACGCUAAGUUAUGUCACAGCGAAACAAAUUGCAGAAGCUAUUCAAAACAAUGCAGAGACCAUGGAAGCAAGAUUGGUUACAAGAAAUAAAUUCAACCAAGAGUAUCUUGUUCCACUGAUUAAUACAGAAGACAAUUGUGACACUGAUGAUAUGCCAGAUUAUUUGCCAGAAGAAGACGAGCAAGAAGAUGAAAAAGAGGGUGUUGUAUCUUUAUUUACUGGAUUAAGACAAAGUGCUUCAUCAAUAUACAAAUCUACUACCGAAUUUCUUCAGAAUUCGUUUUAUUGGUAAAUUCAAAAGUAGUUAACAUUAAGCAUAAUUUUUUUAUUUUAUGAUCGGCAAAAAAAUAUAAUAAAAGUAGUGAACGUUUGAAGUUGUUAAUUCGUUAACGAAAUGUUUCAACCAAAUUUAUUAUUGCAUAUCUGAUUAAUAAUCUCGUAAUACCAUGACAUUUAUUAGAUUUUUAUUUUUUCAUUAUAUC